AUGAGGAUGAUGUGCACCUACGCCAAAGUUCCCUGGGAGGAUGUCAAAUAUUCGGUCAAACAGAAGGCCAAGGGCAGCUGGAUAGCGCCCGAGUGGGAGCGAGACCAGCGACCCCAACUGCGGGAGCAAAAUCCUUUGGUUCAGCUUCCAUACGUCAUCAACCACUCAACCGGAGAGGUAAUUGCGCAAUCCAGCGCGGUUUACCUGUACCUGGGCCGGGUCCUGGGACUUGGCGGUGCUUCACACCAGGAACAGAUGGCUAACGAGCAGGUCCUCUUCUACUUGUAUGGAAUGUGGAUGGAGGUUCGAGAUUUGGUGUAUCCUUCUUACACCAGCAGGACUGAAGAGAGCUUCAGAUCGUCCCUGGACAACCAUUUCCUAGGUGUGUCUGGACACUACGAGAAGCUGGAGGCAUGGCUCAGGCAAAGGGAUAGCCCCUUUUUCGCUUGCUCGCGGCCCUGCACAGCAGACUUUCACGUCUGGGAAAUGUUGGACCAGCAGGAGUGCAUGGCGCGUGCAUACGGCUUCAAGUCUCCUCUGGAGGGUUAUUCUUGCAUGAAGGCCUUCUACCAGCGAUUCCGAGAGCUGCCGGAGCUGGAACCCUACUUCGCCAGCGGAGACUAUUCCUUGCCGAUGAACAACAAAAUGGCCUUCUACAAGUGA